AUGGCUGACCGAGGCGGACGUGGCGGUGGUGCAUCGCGAGGUGAUCGAGGCGGCGACCGUGGCCGUGGUGGUGACCGUGGCCGAGGACGUGGUCGCGGCCGUGGACGUGGAGGUGCGAAGAGCGACGAGAAGGAGUGGCAACCCGUUACCAAGCUUGGUCGUUUGGUAAAGGCCGGCAAGAUCAAGAGCAUGGAGGAGAUCUACCUUCACUCUCUGCCCAUCAAGGAGUACCAAAUCGUCGACUUCUUCCUCCCCAAGCUCAAGGACGAGGUCAUGAAGAUCAAGCCUGUCCAGAAGCAGACCCGUGCCGGUCAGCGUACUCGUUUCAAGGCCAUCGUCGUCAUCGGUGACAGCGAGGGUCACGUCGGUCUCGGUAUCAAGACCUCCAAGGAAGUCGCUACUGCUAUCCGUGCCGCCAUCAUCAUCGCCAAGAUCAGCGUUGUUCCGAUCCGUCGUGGUUACUGGGGCUCCAACCUUGGUGAACCUCACUCCAUCCCCGUCAAGGAGAGCGGAAAGUGUGGUUCCGUUACCGUCCGACUUAUUCCGGCUCCUCGUGGUACUGGCCUUGUCGCAUCUCCCGCUGUCAAGCGUCUGUUGCAGCUGGCUGGUGUUAACGACAUCUACACUGCAUCAUCCGGUUCCACCAAGACCUUGGAGAACACCCUCAAGGCCACCUUCGUCGCCAUCACCAACACCUACGGUUUCCUCACCCCUAACCUGUGGAAGGAGACCAAGCUUAUCCGCAGCCCGCUCGAGGAGUACAGCGAUGUUCUCCGUGACGGCAAGCGUUACUAG